AUGGUCGACUUAGACGUGAACAAGGAGAAUGAGGAGGUAGAGCCCUCGUUCGACGAUCCAGAGGACUUUGAGGAUGAUAUCGCAGAUGAAGAACUGCUCGGCGACGUGCUAAAACAAGAGCCGCUCAUCGACGAGUACGAGGAGAACUGCCUGAUCCUCUUCGGCCUGCCCAUCGUCAACAAAGAGAAGUUCCCAAAGUUGCAGGCCGUCGUCGCGAAGGUGCUCAACGGCAUCAACACGAGCAACAAGGUCGAGUACCCGGUCGAUGCCGAUGGGAAUACAAAGGGUUGUCUCUUCGUCGAAUGGGAGAGCAAAGAUGUUGCCCAGUACGCCCUCACCGUCCUCAACGGCUACCGGCUCGACAAGAACCACGCGUUUUCGGCCAUUUCGAUCGCCGACAUGAAAUCGAUGGAAAAACCCGACGAGGAAUGGGAAGCCCCCAAGCCCAACGAAUAUGUCAAUGUCGGCGAUUUGUGGUCGUGGAUGCAGAACCCGCGGUGCCGUGAUCAAUUCGCCGUCCAGUUUGAGGACAACCACCACGUGCCUCACGUCGGAAUCUACUGGCACGUCAAGGGACACGAGCCCGAAGUCGCCGAUGAGGGCCAGAAACCUAACUGGACCGAGUCCGUCUUCAAAUGGACCCCAUAUGGCAGCUACCUGGCGACGAUCCACGGCCGUGGUAUAGCGUUCUUCAUGGUCACGUACGCGCCGGCUAACUCGAGAUGGGGCGAAGACGACAACUGCCUCCAACUUUGGGACAUCCGAACAGGAGAGAUGCUGAAGGGAUUCUCGCUCUACGCCCUCACACUACGCAACGAGAUGCCCUGCUGGCCGUUCUUCCAAUGGUCCCACGACGACAAGUACUUUGCGUGCCCAAAAGUGCCCGAGCGUGAUCGUCUCGAGAAGCAAAAGAAGGUCAACGGCAUCGCCGUGUUCGACUCGGAGACGCUGCAGCUCGUCGGCAAUCGCUACCUCGUCAUCGAGAACAUCAGGCAGUUCAGCUGGUCCCCAGGAGACAAGAAUAUCAUCGCCUACUACUCUGAGGCCAGCGAACCCAUCCCCGCCGAAUUCGGGCUGAUCAGCAUCCCGUCCGGCGAAAAGCUGCGCUCGGGCCGUGUCUUCAACGUGGCGGAGGCGCAAAUGUUCUGGCAAGAAAGCGGAGCACGACUUGCCGUUCAUACAGUCAGGUAUAACAAGAAGACGAUAAAAGAAAACGGCGAGGUGAAAUACGUCGGCGGCGUCAAAUCCCACCUCGAAAUCUUCGAGCUGUCGAACAAGAAGGACAUUGCCAUCAUGCACCUGCCACUUUCCGAGCCGUUCAUCAACUUUGGCUGGGAGCCGAAUGGCGACAAAUUCUGCGUGCUCAUCGGCAGCCAAGCCAAGGCCACCCCGUUCAUCUACCGGAUCGAGCCGCUCAAGCACUCGCCCGUCUGCAUCGGACAGCUCGAAGCCGGCGUGUCGUUGAAUACGGUGUGCUUCGCGCCGGCUGGUGGAUGGCUGGCAAUCCUGGCCCUCGGCUCGACUGGUGGCAACAUCAUCUUCGUCGACACCAACGGCCAAGAGGUCAAGCGCACGUCGAUCGCCGAACAUCCGCUCUUCAACAAGGCCUACUGGGACCCGACCGGCCGGUACUUCGUCUCGUGCUGUGCCGUUGGCGCUCGUGGCAGCGAUUUCGGCUUCCGGUUAUACACUUUCCAAGGCCGUGAACUUCUGCGCAAGAACCUCGACCGCAUGACGCAAUUCAAGUGGCGGCCACGUCCUCCCGUCAAGCUCUCCGAGCAGAAGAUCAAGGAGAUUCGAAAGAACCUGAAGACGACGUCGGCGAAGUUCGACCGCGAGGACAACGAGGAGAAGGUCAAGGCCAGCCAGGAGGUCAUCGACAAGCGCCGGAAGAUCAUGGGCGCGUUCGACGUCAUCCGCCGGCGGAAUCUCGACCUCAUCGAGAAGACGAAGGCCGAUCGACUGCAGUUGCGCAACGGCAUCGACACGGAAGCGGAGGUGCACGACGACGACCUCGUGGAGGAGACGAUCACGAUCGCGCUCUCGACCCAGAAAACCCUGACGAUCCUCUCGGAAGAGGACGAGCGCGAC